AUGCUUCCUUCGUUAUCGGUAACUCCACUGGCUGUAACCCUUCUCGCGCUUCCCUUCGUGUCAGCCCAGGAUAACGUGACGUCGCUCACAGGCACUUGGUCAUCCAAGUCAAAUGCAGUCUUCACUGGACCGGCAAGUGAUUGCCUUUCAUUAUUAUUCUCCUUUUAUGACCCUGUAAACGAGAAAUUUUUUGAGCCCACGCUCACGGGCACAUCCUAUUCAUUCACGGAUGAUGGAUUUUAUGAAGAAGCGGUUUAUAUUGCCGUUGCCAAUCCUACGAACCCUUCAUGCACAAAGGGGGUAUUGCAGUGGCAGCACGGCGGAUAUGUAAUUGCGGAGAAUGGUUCGAUAGUGCUGCACCCGAUCAUGGUAGAUGGCAGGCAGCUAUAUUCAGAUCCGUGCAAGCAUUCGACCUCGAUUUACACAAGAUUCAAUACGACGGAAGUCUUCAAGAGGUGGGAGAUUUUUGUUGACGAAUACCGUGGAAUGCACCGACUCAAUCUUUAUAAAUUCGAUGGUGCCCCAAUGAACCCGAUGUACCUCGCAUACCGCCCUCCACAAAUGCUCCCCACACAGACCCUCAACCCCACUGUUAGCGCUCCAAAGGCUACUAGGGCUUCGAAGUUGAAGGUCAAGCGUGCCCUACCUAGUAAUCUCAAGAAAGCUGAAAACAUCAAUGCAGAUAGGUGGUGGUGGAUUGGGGUGGGUAUGACCGGUGUUGGGUUUUUAGGAUUCUUCUUGGAAUAG